UUUGACAAAAAUGGAGGAGGUUGGAGAAUUUCCCAUACACAAAGCAGUUUUUGACAACGAUUUGCCCAAUUUAUCCAAUUUUAUUAGGAAAUACGAUAUAGGGCAAAAGGACAAACAUGGAAAUACUGCUCUACAUUUGGCUGUUAUGCUUGGCCGUAAAGAAUGUGUUCAACUACUUUUAAAUCAUGAUGCACCAGUAAAAGUGAAAAAUGGACUAGGAUGGACAGUAUUAGCUGAAGCAGUUAGCUAUGGAAAUAGGCCUACAAUAUCUUCCCUAGUGAGGAAGUUUAGGCACCAAAAUAGGGAACAAAUGGAACAGAGGAGACCCAAUUUAGUAUCAGCUUUAAAUAAAAUAGAUGAUUUUUAUAUGGAACUGAAAUGGGAUUUUCAAAGUUGGGUGCCUCUAGUGUCACGAAUCCUACCCUCAGAUGUAUGUAAAAUCUACAAAUCCGGAGCAAAUAUAAGACUAGACACCACCCUGGUGGAUUUUUCAGAUAUGCGGUGGGAAAGAGGAGAUAUUUCUUUCAUUUUUAGGGGAGAUGCUAAACCCAACGAGAGCUUAACUGUGAUGGAUAACAAUGGAAAAGUUUAUCAACAGGUUAGAUAUGAGGAAUCAGAAUUAGAAAUAGAGGACGAGGUUGACUUAUUAAUGUCAACUGAUAUUUUGGCAGCUCAAAUUUCUACAAAAAGGAUUUCCUUCACUAGGGCACAAAGUGGCUGGAUAUUUAGGGAAGAUAGAAAAGAGUUGGUAGCAGGUCAGUAUGACGCAGAAUUGUACACAGUCCAUGGCUUAACGUUAGAAAGUCGAAAACGAAGGGAACACUUAUCCAACGACGAUCUCCAAAAGAACAAAGCUAUUUUUGAUAGUUUUACUAAAGGUGGAAACAUUGUAAAUAACGAUAAUAUGAUGGCAAUAAGACGGGCCAGUUUAACACCACCCCCCGAAAAAAACAUCUCCUGGGAGGAAUACAUAAACGCGGAACCCAACAACUACCCGAGACUAGGAAGAGAACUCGUUUACAAAGAGUCUUCAAAAAGUUUUAAGGCUACUAUUGCAAUGAGUUCAGACUUUCCCUUAUCGGUCGAGAUGCUCCUCAACGUGCUGGAGGUGAUAGCGCCAUUCAAACACUUUUCCAAACUUCGGGAUUUUAUCAAUUUUAAACUACCGGCCGGGUUUCCGGUUAAGAUUGAACUGCCGAUCCUGCCAACGGUUACGGCGAAAAUCACAUUCCAAGAGUUCGAAUUUAGGGACAACAUAUCGCCCGAUAUGUUCGCGAUUCCGGACUCGUAUAUAGAGGAUCCUACGAGAUUCCCAGACUUAUGACGCCCUGAACUGACCAGCUGCUUCAAGCUCCACUUCGAGCCCAAGCCGCAAUUCCUAUCGUUGCACGAGCGCAGCAGAAGAGUCCAUGCCAAAUUCACGUCCAAAAGUGGCAGGCCGAGGAUCAAGGGAGGCCGAAUAACAAAACGGGGAGUAGAAGAGGGUGAUCCCGUGUUACUCCUCGAGGUUCCCAUGUUGUUUACUUUGGGCAGCGUCUAUGGGGCAAGCUGUCUGGUCUAUGUCGAGUAGAUUAGGUGAUUUAGGUAUCUUUUGGGCCUCCCCAAGUAUUGUGCUUCGUAUUUUUUACCUUUUAUUAAGCCGAUUAAAUUGUAUUUUGCACCACCAACCCCCUUUUUUAAUUUAGUUAAUUAGUCCAAACUACAGGGUGUAAAAUUUAUAUUAAAACGUUAUUUUUUAUUAGAUAUCGUGGUUUGUCGGUGUUUACCAAAAAAAAAAUGUGUUAUUUUGAAAUUUAGAAAGGCUUCGAAAUCCUAUGCCCAGUAGUACACUAAGCCUGUCCCCCUGUUAUUAAAUUGUAGAACAGAAAUAUUUUUGACACAUAUCAAUGUUAACGUUUGCAUUUUAUUAUUACCGUCAUUUUUAAGACUUUAUUUUUUAUUUAUGUAGUUUUACCAUUUCAUCAAUAUACAGGGUGUUUAGUUAGUGAUUUUAAGAUGAAGGCUCAAAUACAUUGCUUAAAACCUUUAUUGACAUUUGGCAAAUAGGGGAUAAUUUAGUUCUGAAACAAACCGGUACCAAAAAUUACAAAAAUCUUCUUAUUUCAGAGAAAACUUAGGCCCAUCUUUGUAAUUUAUGAAGAAGAAGAAGAGAAAAAUUGAUAAAAUGUAACAAGACAAGGAGAAGAAAGGCAUACAUUAUUUUAAAAUAAAAAAAAAAGUAGAUUAAAAAAACUGCUAAAUUAAAACUGCCUGGAAAAAAGAUAGUAGAUAGAUAAAAAUAGCCUUGAAAGAUACUAUGGAGAUAGUAGGAUGGUAGACUGACAAAUUUCUGAACAUUUUCCCAUCUUCAGAUAUCCUUUUUUUUCUCAUCAGAAGAAAUAUAUAUCUCUUUUUUCUUUAUAUCACAGGAAGAAAAAUUAUUUAAGAAGUAAUAGAACCCACUUCCUGAAAAAGCAUAAAAAGUGAGUCACUUUUUACCUUUCUUCUUUGAAAUAACUCCCAUGGUUGUCCAAAUUUUAACUAAGGUUGAAUUUUUCACGAAAAAUCCUUAUAUCCUUUUGAAUGAAUUAAAUAAACUUUUUCUCUUAAUUAUACACAAAACCACAUAAAUAACCCACUAAUAACACCCAGUAUAUUUUUCGUCCGUAUAUUAUUUGUACAUACGCUUAUUUAUUGUUUGUUUUUUAUAUUUUAAUUAGGUGUUUUAACGGUUCUCACUUAUUAUCGAGAAAACUUUUUUGGCUGUUUCUAAGUGAGACCAGGACUUUUAAUUGACUUUUAUUAGUGAACUAUUAAAAUAAGUGAUUGUAAUAUUGUAAAUAAAGCUUCUAUUACUUAUAAA